AUGGCGGCAAAUAAGGCAAACAAGCUUGCCUUUCUGUCUAUGCCCGCACCGGCUUCCUAUGUCGCCGCCCGAGAGGGUCCAUCUGCGGAGAUAGUUGCAGAGGCUCAGGCGCGAAGAGGCGAGGAGGCUGAAGUCGAUCCUGAUCAGUUCCAGGACCCAGACAAUGAAUAUGGUCUCUUUGCUGGUACGACAUAUGAGGCCGAUGAUGAAGAGGCGGACAAAAUUUACGAGCAGGUUGAUAUGAAUAUGGAUGCACGGAGGAGGGCGCGCAGGGAGGCACUCGAGAACGAGGAGCUAGCAAAGCACCGUGCUGAACGCCCAAAGAUCCAGCAGCAAUUCGCGGAUCUGAAGCGUGGACUUGCCGUGGUCACCGAUGAAGAAUGGGAGAACAUUCCAGAGGUGGGCAAUCUCACGCGCAAAAAGCGUAAAAGGGACGAGAGGUCAUUCGUUGUGCCCGACAGCGUCAUGGUCGGAGAUAGGUCUAAGACCGAAUAUGAAAACUCGUUAGACGCGAGACAACAAGCGACCAAUGGCUUCGAGACACCCGCUGAUAGUGGUACUCUCACCAACUUCGUCGAAAUGGGUCAGGCCCGUGAUAAGAUUCUAUCUCUGAAGCUGGAUCAGGUUUCUGGGACGUCCACCACUUCCGGACUAUCCACAUCAAUUGACCCUAAGGGUUAUCUGACAUCACUAGACAGCGUUGUCUUGAAGACUGAUGCGGAAAUUGGCGACAUCAAGCGGGCACGAAUGCUUUUUGACUCGCUUGUCAAGUCAAAUCCGAAGCAUGCACCAGGGUGGAUAGCUGCUGCGUGCCUCGAAGAGCAUGCGGGUAGAAUGGUAGCGGCUCGCAAGCUCAUCAAAGCAGGCUGCGAGCAAUGUCCGAAGAGCGAUGACGUUUGGUUGGAGGCGGCUCGAUUACAUAAUAACGAUGAUGCCAAGGUAAUUUUGGCGAAUGCUGUGCAGCAUGUUGGCCAGAGUGUCAAGAUCUGGCUCGCUGCCGCCGAUCUGGAGCAUGAUAACAAAGCAAAGAAGCGGGUCCUCCGAAAAUCUCUUGAGCACAUUCCAAAUUCAGUACGCUUAUGGAAAGAAACAGUCAAUCUCGAGUCAAAUCCCGUCGAUGCACGUAUUCUCCUUUCACGCGCAGUGGAGGUCAUCCCUCUUUCCGUUGAACUUUGGCUUGCUCUUGCACGACUCGAGACACCAGAUAAAGCCAAAGCAGUCCUUAACAAAGCUCGCAAGGCGGUGCCUACUAGUCACGAGAUUUGGAUUGCGGCAGGUAGGUUGCUUGAACAGGAGGCAUAUGUACCUGGAAAGAAUGAGGAGCAGCGUACCAAGGAGCUAGAUGUAGUGGAUAAGACUAUCGAGGCCGGUGUUCGCCAACUUCGUCAUCACCAAGUGCUUCUUACUCGUGAGCAGUGGCUCAAAGAGGCCGAGCGCUGCGAGAGCGAGGGUUCCCCUAGGACAUGCGAAGCUAUCAUUAAAGCGACGGUGGCGAUGGAUAUCGAGGAGGAGGAUAGGCUGGACACCUGGAUGGGCGAUGCUGAGAGUGCUGAAGUUAGGGGACAUAUCGGGACCGCCAGAGCUAUACUAGCAUAUGCCCUUAAAGUCUUCCCAGAUAAGCGGGCAAUAUGGAGGAAGGCUGCCGAUUUGGAAAAGGCGCACGGCACCAGGGAAUCCCUCGACGCUAUUCUCGAGCGUGCUGUGCAUCACUGUCCACAAGCGGAAGUUUUGUGGCUAAUGUGGGCAAAAGAAAAAUGGCUUGCUGGCGAUGUUCCUGCCGCUCGUGAAGUACUUGAGCGAGCGUUCAUCGCGAAUCCGGAGAGUGAACAAAUCUGGCUUGCUGCCGUCAAGAUCGAGGCAGAGAACGGCGAGUUGGGUGUCGCGCGUGAGCUAUUAGUCCGUGCGCGAACAGUCGCUGACACUCAAAGGAUUUGGAUGAAGUCCGCCGUUUUUGAACGGCAACAGGACCAGCUCGACUCGGCGCUCGAGACUCUUGCGACUGCCAUCAAGAAAUAUCCCAAGUUUGCUAAGCUGUACAUGAUACAGGGCCAAAUUCACCAAGACAGGAAAGAUUAUCCCGCUGCUCGUGCGUCUUUCGCGGCUGGCAUCAAGGCGUCCCCGAAAGAGGCCACGUUGUGGAUUCUUGCCAGUAGGCUUGAGGAGGCAGACGGUAGGAGCAUCAAGGCCCGGGCGCUUCUGGAUAAGGCGCGGCUUGCGAAUCCGGGGAGCGAUGUCCUGUGGGCUGAAGCGGUUGGCGUCGAGGAGCGCAGCGGUGGCGCUACUCAGGCGAAGACGGUGCUUGCGCGAGGCCUGCAAGAAUGCCAAACAUCCGGCCUAUUGUGGUCGAUGACUAUAUGGGCGGAGUCGCGACCGACCAGGAAGUCGCGCUCAGCAGAUGCACUGCGGAAAGCGGCGGACGAUCCACUUGUGCUGUGUACUGUCGCACGGCUGUUCUGGGCCGAGCGCAAGAUCGAGAAGGCGCGGCAGUGGUUUGAUCGGUCUAUCGCUGCGAACCCGGACUUGGGCGACAACUGGGGCUGGUGGCUUAAAUUCGAGCGGCAGCAUGGAAACUUGGAGCAGCAGGAGGACGUCGUCAAGAAGUGUAUUGCCGUAGAGCCACAUCAUGGAGCGACGUGGCAGUCUGUAGCGAAAGAUGUACAGAAUUAUCGGAAGAGCGUACAGGAAGUCCUUGAGCUUGUUGUGAAUUUAUUGCACUAG